AUGGCACCCAGGUUUCAAGUCAUAGUCUUUGGCGACUUGUCUGUCCCGUAUCAUGCCGAGUUGCAAAGACUUCUUUCCGACAAGGACAGCUGUACUCUUGUCUCUCUAUUUUCAGACGCGCAUCGGGCGCUCAGAUCGGAAAUCGCUCGACUGCCGCCCAGCCAGAGGAGCUGCUUCCCCCAUGUUUCCAACCUCGCCGAGCUCUUGAUAGCUCGGCAGUCAUCACAGGUGCCCAACUGCGCGUUGGACAGCGCACUGGUGUGCCUUUGCCACAUUGCUUCGUUUAUAGCAUAUACGAAUGAGCCUGGGAGAUGCUAUCCCCAGUCAUCAUCCUCGUGCCUGCUCGGCAGUUGCAUUGGCCUUUUGGCCGCCGUGGCAGUGAGCUGUGCCGAGAAUGUGCUCGACCUCGUCGAGGCCGCGCCGCACUUUGUGUCACUGGCCUUUCGGCUCGGCCACAUGGUGCAGAACAGAACCACGUCCGUCGUGUCCGGGACCGACGUACACUCUUCAUGCUCGUCGGUGGUGUCGGGCGUUGAUGAAGAAACCAUGCCCCCCCGUAUUGAGGCGUACUGCGUGUCGAGGGGGCUGGCUGCUCUGAGCCGUGUAUACAUCAGUGCCGUGGGCAGCGGCUCCGUCACCAUCUCAGGGCCGCCUGCACACUUGAAGGAGUUUCUGUUGCACAACCCAGCUUUCAAGGCUGGCAAGAUUGGCGUAGCCGGACUAUUCCACUCUUGUUGCCUGUAUACGAGGGCUGAUGUAGACGCGCUCGUCUCGGGCGUCGGUGUGCAUACAAGGAGCAGGGCCGUCCGCCUGCAUGUCGUGUCCAAUUCUGAAGAGGCGGGUGAGGGCUCGUGUGAAGCAACUUGUGAAGAGCUGCUGCAACGCGCCGUCGCUGAAGUCCUGCUUCGUCGACUGAGAUGGGACCUUGUGAUUCAGAGAGCCGUCGGCACACUCGAGAGCUCCAAGCUUUCCGAGGCUGACAUAAUUCCAUUCGCCUCGAGCAGUGUUGAGAGCCUGGCUACUGCUCUUCGCGCAUCUGAGGCUGUAGAAUCUUUGGACGUGUUGAGCACUCUUCCUUUGUCAAGGAGUGAAGGCAGCUCUGUAUCCGGGCCAAAGUCCAACAGGUCCAAAAUCGCCAUUAUCGGGUUUUCUGGGCGAUAUCCCGAGGCUGAUAGCAACGAAGCCUUUUGGGAGCUUCUCGCUGCCGGGCUAGAUGUCCACAAAGAGAUUCCCAAAGAUCGCUUCGACCCGUGGCUCUACUACGAUUCCACGGGGAAAAAGAAGAAUACCAGCGGCGUCACCAUGGGGUGCUUUGUCCGCAACCCCGACCUUUUUGACUCUCGGUUCUUCGGCAUGUCCCCCAGGGAGGCUGAUCAAGCCGAUCCCGCGCAGAGACUGGCGCUGAUGACGGCGUACGAGGCCAUGGAAAUGGCUGGCUUCGUACCCGAUUCCACGCCGUCCACGCAGCGCAGUCGCAUCGGCGUCUUUUACGGGACGGCCAGCGACGACUACCGAGAGACAAACGCCGCCCAGAACAUUGACACAUACUACGUCCCCGGAGGCAGCCGCGCCUUUCUGCCGGCGCGAAUAAACUACCACUUCCGGUUCAGCGGGCCGUCCUUUGACGUGGACACGGCUUGCUCGUCCGGCCUUGCGGCUACCCAUAUUGCGUGCAACUCCCUCUGGGCCGGGGACUGCGACGUUGCCAUUGCCGGCGGCACGAAUAUCUUGACCAACCCCGACAACUGGGCUGGUCUCGACCGCGCCCACUUUCUAUCACGCACCGGCAACUGCAAGACGUUUGACGACGGCGCCGACGGGUACUGCCGGGCAGAGAGCGUGGCGACGGUUCUGCUAAAGAGGCUUGACGAUGCGCUCCUCGACGGCGACCCCAUCUACGGCACGAUCCUCGGGGCCUACACAAACCACUCGGCCGAGGCCGUGUCCAUCACCAGACCACACUCGGGCGCGCAAAGAGCCAUCUUUAGUCGGAUCUUGACAUCUGCCAAUGUCGAGAGCUCCCGCGUCAGCUACGUGGAGAUGCAUGGGACCGGCACGCAGCACGGCGACGCGUGUGAGAUGGACUCUGUCCUCAACGUCUUUGCGCCCGAGGGCUCUCGCCGCGAUGAAACCCUGUACCUUGGCUCAGUCAAGGCAAAUAUUGGCCACGGAGAAUCUGCCUCUGGAAUCUCGUCGCUGAUAAAGGUGUUGCUCAUGAUGCAAAAGAGCUCAAUCCCUCGGCACGUGGGCAUCAAGACCAAAAUCAACCGCAACUUCCCUCUGGACCUUGCGCGGAGAAACGUCCACAUUGCGAUGAAGGAUACGCCGUGGCCGAGGCCGGAUCCCAGAGACGCGCCGUCGGGCAGAAUAGCAUUUGUGAAUAAUUUCGGCGCCGCCGGCGGGAAUUCUUCUGUCCUCGUGCAAGACGCCCCGGCGACGUCGGCGGCGGCGGACGACGACCCCCGGCCGCUUCACAUUGUCGCCGUGUCGGCCAAGACGCAGACGGCGUUUAAGAAUAACCUUGCUGCGCUGGAAAAAUAUCUCGAUGCCCAUCCGGAUGUUCCCCUUGGCUCGCUUUCGUUUACCACCACCGCCCGGCGCGUCCACUACGGCUACCGCGCCGCCGUCACGGGCUCCAGCAUCCGCGACAUCCGGGAGGCUCUUGCGAGCGCGGCCAACGCGGACAAAUGCCUUUCCACGGCGGGGAGUACGACCCCCGUGGGGUUUUGCUUCACCGGCCAAGGUGCCCAGUACCUCUCUAUGGCCAGGGAGCUCCUCGCGCACCCGCAGUUCCUGUCCCUGGUGACGGGGCUGGAGGACGUUGUUCGGCUGCAGGGCUUUGGGUCCAUACUCGACGUGCUCCAGGGCAUGGCGGACGACCCGAUGGAGCAGCUCUCCCCCGUCAAGGUGCAGUUGGCCAUGAGCUGCUUGCAGAUGGCCCUCGGCAAGUUUUGGAUGGCCCUCGGCGCGUCUCCCGACGUACUUGUCGGGCACAGCCUCGGCGAGUACGCCGCCAUGAACGUGGCCGGGGUGCUCUCCGACGCGGAUGCCGUACACCUCGUUGGCACCAGGGCGGCUCUUCUCAGCAAGUACUGCUCUGUGGGGACGCAUGCCAUGCUGGCUGUCAAGGCGUCUGCGGACAGGGUGGCUUCGCUGCUGGGCCGGCCCGGCCUGGAGAUUGCCUGUGUCAACGGGCCGGAGGAGACGGUGGUGGCCGGGCCCAGGGACCAGAUUGACUCGUUGGCGGCGGUGCUCAACACGCAGUCGGUCAAGACGACGCUGCUCAAAGUUCAGUUUGCCUUUCAUUCUGCCCAGGUAGAGCCGAUGCUGGAGAGCUUCCGACAGAGCUGCGGCUCGGUGAGAUUCAAGGAUCCCGCUGUUCCGUUGUUGUCGCCUCUUUUGGGCAAAGUAGUCAGAAGCGCGGCCGAUUUGGCAUCUCCAGCUGACUAUCUGACGCGGCACUGCCGCGAGACGGUGAAUUUCCGCGGCUGCCUGCUUUCUGCGGCAGAGGCGGGCGUCGUCUCGGACAAGACGGUCUGGGUCGAAGUCGGGCCUCACCCCGUCUGCGGCAACAUGAUCAAAUCCACGUUGGGGGCGUCGUCGAGAACGUUUCCCUCGCUGCGGCGCGGCGAGGCGGACUGGAAGGUGUUCACGUCGACCUUGACGAGCCUGUACAACUCGGGUCUCGCCAUCAACUGGGGCGAAUACCACAGCGGCCUGACGCACAACAAACAGGUGCUGUGUCUGCCCUUUUACAAGUGGGAGUUGAAGAGCCACUGGAUCCCCUAUGUCCACGACUGGUGCUUGACAAAGGGCGAUGCGCCGCCUCCGCCGCAGCCGCUGGCAUCGCCUGCCCCCGUUGCCCGGCAGAAGCCGUUGACGACGUCGGUGCAGGACAUUAUACACGAGCAAUACUCGGGCGACGAGGCGCAGAUCACGGCGCGGUCUGAUAUCCAGCACCCCGACUUCCGCGAGGUGCUCCUGGCGCACAAGGUCAACGGGCAGCCGGUGUGCUCCUCGGCUGUGUAUGCCGACAUGGCUAUGACGCUCUUCACGCGGCUCCUCGAGCAGUCGGCCGUGGGCUUUGACAAGUCCGACAUUGGCGUCGAAGUCUCCGACAUGAGUGCCGACAAGGCCCUUGUGCUCAACGACGACCCGUCCCAUCUCCUGGAGAUGAAGGCGGCGGUCAAGUGGUCGACACGGCGGGCGACCUUUACCAUGUCCAGCAUCUCCAGCGCGGGGGCGGAAACGGCGCACCACGCAAGGUGCACCGGGUUCUUUGUGGACAAGAGCCAGUGGAGGGCGGACUUCAAACGGCGCGACUUUCUCGUCAGGGCGCGCAUCGACGACCUCCGACGGUCGGUCCACGACGACUCGGGGUCGGUCCACCUGAUCAAGACGGGCAUGUUUUACAAGCUCUUCAGCGCUCUCGUCGACUACCGUCCCUCGUUCAAGGGCUGCCGCGAACUCGUCAUGCGCUCGGCAGAACUCGAGUCGUCGGCCAGAGUCAAGUUCAACACGCCGCCCGGGACGGCCGACAAGUGGAUGACGCCGCCGUACUGGCUCGAUAGUCUGGGCCAGAUCACGGGGUUCACCAUGAAUGCCAACGACGAGGUCGACUCGAAGAACCAGGUCUUCAUCAACCACGGCUGGGAAAACAUGAAGCUCCUGGAGCCGCUGUCCCAAGAUGUCACGUACACGACCUAUCUCAAGAUGCGGCCCAAGGACAAGGGCUCCUACAUUGGCGACGUGUACAUCUUCAACGAGGGCGCGAGGGACAUUGUCGCCGUGUACGAAGGCGUGACCUUUUCCGCGGUGCAGAGGAGCAUCCUCGACAAGGUGCUCCCCAAGCCCAAGCCGGCGACGGCAAAGCCGGUCCCUUCACAGCCCGUCUUCGGGAGCCAGGCCCCGGCGGCUGAUGACGAGCCGUCGACGGAGCCGCCUGCGCUGCUGCCGCCGCACAAGUAUGGCGUGCCGGCGGACAAGCUCAAGGCCAUCAUUGCCGAGGAGGUCGGGGCCCCGGUCUCGGAUGCGCAGGACGGCGCCGAGCUCGCGGGGCUGGGCGUCGACUCUCUGCUCGCGCUGACCAUUUCGGACCGCAUGCUCGAGGAGCUCGGCGUCAAGGUGGACUCGACGGCCUUUAUCACCUGCAAGACGGUCGGCGAGGUGAUUCAGCUGAUUGCCGGCUCGUCGACGCCGUCGUCCGACUCGGAGCCCUCGACGCCGCCCGUGACGCCGCCGCCGCCGAGGGAGCCCGAGUUUGAAAACGCCCAUCUGUCUCGGGGGGUGGAGGCGGCGCUGUCCGCUCUGUCCAUGGACCCGGACGAAUACACCCCUAUUGCAAGCAUGAAUGACAAGGCCAAGCCGACGCCGGCGCCGGCGUUCGGCGUCGUGUCUCCCCUGACGGUCCUCCCGCCGCCGUCCCACGUGCCGCCCGCGUCUUCGGUCCUCCUGCAGGGAAACCCGGCGACGUGCUCGCGCAAGGUGUGGCUGUUCCCGGACGGAUCGGGCUCCGCGACGUCGUACCUGCCGCUGCCCGACGUGGAUGCGGAUCGGGUGGCCGUGUACGGCCUCAGCAGCCCCUACGUCCGGCGCGGCGACUGCAAGCCAUGCCGGUUCGAGGAGCUGACGGCGGCGUACGUGGCCGAGGUGCGCCGGCGGCAGCCCGCGGGGCCGUACAUUGUGGGCGGCUGGUCGGCCGGCGGCAUCUGCGCGUACGACGCCGCCCAGCGGCUCGCGGCCGAGGGCGACGCCGUCGACGGGCUCAUCCUGCUCGACAGCCCCCGGCCCGUGAGGCUCAAGAAGCUGCCGCCCCGGCUGUACGCCGAGCUGGACCGCCUCGACGUGUUUGGCUCCGGCGGCAGGAGGCCGCCCGCCUGGCUGGCCGCGCACUUUGUCUUGUUCGCCGACAUUCUGGACACGUACAGGCCGCGCGGGUGGGCGGCCGCCAGGCCCCUGCCUACUUGGGCCCUGUGGGCGAGGAACGGCGUCGACGAGGGCGGACUGAUUGACAUUUGGCCUGGUGAUCCGGACAAUCUGCUGUGGCUGCUGCACAGGCGGGCCGUGGUGGAUGCCAACGGCUGGGAUGAGCUGGUUGGGGGGGAGAAUGUGGUCAUGGAUGUGGUCGAGGGGGCGCACCAUUUCAAUAUGUUGAAGGAGCAGGGCGCGCGGCAGGUGACGGACUUUCUUCGACGGGCUGUGACGUGUAUGGCUGGGGGGGUCUUGUAG